AUGUCCCCUUCUGAAUCACUACAAGUAUCUCCAACACCAACUUCUUCUUCUUCAUCUUCUUCAUCUUCUUCUUCUUCUUCUUCUCUGGUUCCGGCGCUAUUCGUCAUCGGCGACUCUUCCGUCGACUGCGGCACCAACAACUUCCUCGGAACUUUCGCCCGUGCCGACCGUCUUCCCUACGGACGAGACUUCGACACCCACCAACCCACCGGCCGUUUCUGCAAUGGAAGAAUCCCUGUUGACUAUCUUGCUCUGCGUCUUGGGCUCCCAUUUGUGCCGAGCUAUCUGGGGCAGACAGGGAGUGUUGAGGAUAUGAUUCAUGGUGUGAAUUAUGCAUCUGCUGGUGCUGGAAUCAUUUUCUCAAGUGGGUCAGAAUUAGGUCAACACAUCUCUUUUACGCAGCAAAUUCAGCAAGUUAUUGAUACCUUUCAGCAGUUUACACUGAGCAUGGGCGACGAAGCAGCAGUAGAACUAAUUUCCAACUCAGUAUUUUACAUUUCCAUAGGAACCAAUGACUACAUACACUACUAUCUCCGCAAUGUGUCCAACGUGCAAUCCAUGUACCUGCCAUGGAGCUUCAACCAGUUUCUAGCAAGCACAAUGAAGCAGGAGGUUCAGAACUUGUACAAUGCAAAUGUCAGGAAAGUAGUGAUAAUGGGACUGGCUCCAAUCGGAUGCGCCCCUUAUUACUUGUGGAGAUAUCGGAGUGAGAAUGGGGAGUGUGUCCAGAUGAUAAAUGACAUGAUAAUGGAGUUCAACUUCUUGAUGAGAUAUAUGGUUGAGGAGCUUGCUCAGGAGCUCAGUGAUGCUGUUGUUAUCUUCUGUGAUGCAUUUGAAGCGUCCAUGGACAUAAUCAAGAACAAUGAACUUUAUGGUUUCGAUGUCGCUACAGAUGCUUGCUGCGGAUUAGGCAAGUAUAAGGGUUGGAUUAUGUGCAUUUCGCCGGAGAUGGCUUGCAGUAAUGCUUCAGAUCAUAUAUGGUGGGACCAAUUCCAUCCAACUGAUGCAGUGAAUGCAAUCUUAGCAGACAAUGUAUGGUCAAGCCUGCACACAGAAAUGUGCUAUCCCAUGAACUUGCAGGACAUGAUAGCUAAGAAGACCAAUUGA